CGGCACCGCGCUCGGGCAGGAGACGGAGCCCAGUCCUGCUCCAAAUGCCGGAGACAGAGCGGAAAUGGAGGAAGUUCUGGGGUGUCUUAUACCGGGAAAGCUCCUGUUCCACCGCCCGCCUGGAGCUCUUCGAGGGCUCGGCACCGCCGGCCGCGGAGAAGCUGCGGAAAGGCGAGGGCAGCAAGCGGCUGGUCAAGCUGAGCGACUGCGUGCAUGUGGCGGAGGCGAGCGGCGAUGCCGGCUGCCCCAAGGAGACCGUCCCUUUCCUGCUGGAGACCACCGACAAGCGGUACCUCCUGGCUGCUGACGGCACUGAGGCGGCCGACUGGAUCCAGAAGCUCUGCGAGCUGGCCUUCCCGAGGAGCAGGGAGGAGCAGGCAGCAGGCAAGGAUGGUCAGCAGAGCUCGCUGGGCACCAACAGCGAGUUCUCCAUGGAGGAAAACUCCCUCUACAGCUCCCGAGGCAAAGCCGGCUUGGAGCAGGCGUUCAAGGUGACGGUGAGGGCCACCGAGUCCUCCGAGCGCUGCCGGCUCUGGGGCCGGUGCAUCCUGCGAGCCGGCGAGGAGGCACUGGAGCUGCAGCAUUUCCAGACCUUCGAGAUCCUCUACAGCUGGCCCUACCAUUUCCUGAGACGCUUCGGACGGGAUAAGGUGACCUUCUCCUUCGAGGCCGGCCGGCGCUGCGCAUCUGGAGAAGGCAACUUUGAGUUUGAGACCAGGCAAGGCAACGAGAUCUUCCAGGCGAUCGAAUCGGCCAUCAACAGGCAUCGGUGCCGGGGAGCCGAGGAGCCGCGGCGGGGCGGCCCCGGGGACGAUGCCACCCGGCCGCUCGGCCACACCAAGAUGCCCAGCUGGGCGCAGGGGCACGAGGAGCCCGGCGGCACCAAGUCCUCCUCGCUGGAGCCCACCUGGGAGGGGAAGGUGCCAAAAGCCAAGCCGGCGACGUCCCCCGGCAACUGCUCUGGGGCCGGGGAGCCGUUGGGUACCUUCCUGCCCUCCCGCGGUGCCGACUGCUCCUACGCCGAGCCCUGCAACUCCGUCCGUCGGGGGAACCCCCCGGUGCCGGAGAAGAACCGGAGGCAGGAUGCUCCGGCCAAGGAGACCGCCGAAUCCGAGUAUGCCAUCCCUUUCGACACCAUCGCCAAGACCUUCGUGGCUCGCAAGUUCGGCAAGCUGGUCCGUCACCCCAGGGAGGUCCCCGACCCUUUCUACGACAGCAUCGAGGAGGCAGGGGGGCGAGUGGGCAAGCAGCCCCCGCAGCUCCCCACCGUCGCCAAACCCGACCACAUCUACGACGAGCCCGAGGGUCUGUCCACCCACAUCGUCUACGACGAGCCCGAGGAGGUGAAGGGGGAGGCGUGGAGGCUGCAGGCGGCCCCGGAGGAGCCCACCGGGCACGAGUACCCCUUCUACAACCCGCAGCAGGAUGACUACGCCGUGCCCAAAAGAGCCGUCCCUCUCCGGCAACCCUUCCUCCUGCAGGGCAAGGAGUGGCUGGGGGACACCGAGUAUGACAACGUGGCCCUCAAAUUUGCCAAGAAGAGGAACCUGCAGUGAGUGGGAUGGGGAAGGAGAGGAGAAAACCCUCCCUCCCUGUCCUGCGGCUGGCGGAU